UUCUAUGUUCUGUAAAAUGGCUGCUGCGAAAAGAUUUUCUGUUGUUGACUUGCCGUCCAGGAACCACUUGCUUCAUUCUUGUUGGACGCUUUAGAGAAUUAUUGAAAUGUUUUCAUAUCAUUCUGUCAGGUCACUAUGUGGAAACACUGUGGAUGGAUUCUUUGUUGACUCUGAGGCAGAUUUGAGGUUUUCCAAACAGACCAGGAUGUCAAAGAUCUCCAAGGCGGUGAAGGCGGUGAAGAAAGUGGACACAGGCAAUGUAAUCCGGGCCAUCGUGAGGUCAGGACAGGCGGCUCCCGGCCCCCCGCUGGGCCCCAUCCUGGGACAGAAAGGGAUCCCCAUCGGGCAGUUCUGCAAGGACUUCAAUGAGAAAACCAAGGAGCUGAAGGAAGGCAUCCCACUUCCCAUCAAGAUCCACGUCAAGCCUGACAGAACGUAUGAUCUGAAGAUCGGCCAGCCCACCGUCUCUUACUUCCUCAAACAGGCAGCAGGAAUCGCUAAAGGGGCCGGAAAGACAGGCCACGAGACGGCGGGGAUGGUGUCGGUGAAAGCCGUGUACGAGAUCGCAAAGGUCAAAGGUCAAGACGAGUGCUUCAAGAUAAGGGACACCUCCCUUGAGACGGUUGUCAAAACCAUCAUCGGCUCAGCCCGCUCCCUGGGAAUCCAAGUUGUCAACGAUCUUUCAGCAGAUGAGUACAAAGUCUUCCUGGAGCAGAGAGAGGAGAAGCUGAAGGCGGAUGCUGCCGCAGCAGCUGCAGCCGCCGCAGCCGAGGCCACAGCGGGGAAAAGGAAAUAAAAGCCUGCAAUAGUU